AUGAUUGACAGAUGCACCUGCUCCACGCACCCCCUCCCACUCUCAUCCUCACGCCGUGACGUCACCCCGCAGCAGAGAGAGGCGCGGCUUGGUUACGUACACUGCGGCUGGCCGGUGCGUGGAUUGAGUGUUCCUGAUACAGACCCAGAUCACAGCCCGGCCUCACACCAGCCUCACACCGGCCUCUCACCAGCCUCACACCGGCCUCAUACCAGCUUUACGGGGGCCUCUCUCGGGAAUCACCACGGCGUGGACAGAGGCUCAGGAAGAGACAAGAGAGAGACCCAGACGUCAGCACUGCUUCAACCCAGUUCCAGAGAACAGAGGGACCAGAGGGACCAGAGGGACCUGCUGCGUGUGUCCAGAGCAUCCUCCCUCUUCUGA